AUGGAGCUGUGCCCUCUGCCAGGUGAAACCGACUUGCCAGCGCAACCUGCACGAACACCUAGCCGGCCGGCGGCACCAGUCCAACGUCGCAGCUCUGCAAUCAACGAACAAACCCCUGAGCCAACAAAAGCAACAACUGAAUGGAGCAAGAACUUGGUGAACAGCAGUGAGUCCUUGCGCCGAGAUGGCAACGGGAUCGUGGUAGAGAACGGCGGGUCGCAACUGGGAGAGAAGCCGCACGGCAAGAACAACACGCCGCGGCCCGCGGCGAUGAACCCGCCGGCGUCAAGACGGACGUGCAGCAUCUGCCAGGCCAAGUGCAGCUCUGAGUUGGACUUUCAGAAGCACCUCGGGGGCAGGCGGCACCGGGAGAACAAGGAGGCGCUGCGCGCAAAAUCCAGGAGUUUAUGUGGCGGCAAGGAUGCCGAGAUGGCGGGCUUCGAGAAAAAGGAAUCCGGGAAGGGGAAGACGGCGGACAAGAAGGGCGCGCACUUCUGCAGCGUGCAGUGCAACAGCGAGAAGAUGCCGGCGUCCCACCUCGGCGGGCGGAGGCACCGGGAGAUGCUCGAGGGCUGCGAGUGA